AUGGCGUCGAGGAACCAAUUCGAUCUCCUUGGAGACGUCGACAACGACGACCCCGCCCACCUCCUCGCAGCCGCCGAGAAGAAGGCGACCGCGGCGCCGAAGCCCGCGCCAGCGCCCUCGCCUGCCAAGCUGCCCACCAAGCCCCCGCCGCCCGCGCAAGCUGUGAGGGAAGAAAGGAGCUAUGGUGCUCCACCGCGCGAUGGUCCUGGACGUGGUGGUCCAGGACGCGGAAGAGGCGGCCGCGGCGGCAGGGCCGGCACGAGGCGAGAUUUCGGCGAUGCUGAUGCCAACGGCUUUGAGGGAGGGUAUGGUGGUGGUGGCGGCGGCUUUGGAGAUGGUGUAGUUGCUCGCGGUGAAAAUGGUGAGGGGAGGCAGGCAGAGAGGGGCCGUGGGCCCCGCCAGCCUUACCGUGGAGGUGGGCGCCGUGGCGGGUAUACCGAUGGGCAGGCUGGGGAUGAGUUCGGACGUCCUCGCCGGGCAUAUGAGCGCCACAGCGGCACAGGCCGUGGUUACGAGAUGAAGCGUGAAGGGGCUGGGCGCGGAAAUUGGGGGACUGCGACUGAUGAAGGCCUUGCACAGGACACUGUGGAUGCCGUUAAUCCUGAGGAGACUGCUGCCAUGGUGGAGCAUAAGAAACCUGAAGAUGCACCACAGUCUGAGGUUGAGAAGGACAAGGAGGGUGCGGAGAAUGAAGAGGAAGAAAAGGAACCUGAGGAUAAGGAGAUGACUUUGGAGGAAUAUGAAAAGGUACUGGAGGAAAAACGAAAAGCUUUAUUUGCCCUCAAGGCUGAGGAGAGAAAAGUUGAAAUUGACAAGGAGCUGCAGUCCAUGCAACAAUUGUCAGUUAAAAAGGAUGCUGAUGAAGUGUUUAUCAAGCUGGGCUCUGACAAGGACUUGAAAAAGAAAGAAAAUGCUGAAAGAGAAGAACGGGCCAAGAAGUCCCUGAGCAUCAACGAAUUCUUGAAGCCAGCUGAAGGUGAGAGGUACUAUAACCCCAGUAACCGUGGCCGUGGCCGUGGUAGGGGUCGUGGUGAGCGUGGGGGGUUCCGUGUUGGUUACAAUGGUGGUUAUCGGGGACCAGCUGCUGCUCCAACCAUCGAAGACCAGGCUCAGUUCCCUGCCCUGGCCUAA